AUGCUUCUACGAAAAGAGAAUCGUAUACGAAAAUAUAUAAACGUCCAAGCGAUCUUGUACAGUGGUUGGAUCUAUUACUAUUCUCCUUCCCAAUUCAGAUCCUCGUGGAAAAAACGUUAUUUGGUUCUCACGGAUACAUCCCUUCAGUUCUACAAAUCAUCAUUUACGCUUGAGGUUGCUGAUUUGUCUUUGCCAAUAACCCAGUGCAAGUAUAUCCAACCUUAUGAAAGUUGCAAGCGGUCCAAGCAUGCGCUCAGAAUAAACACGACGGAUCCCCAACUAAGUCCAAUAGAAUUCUAUUGCAAGCUAAAGCCAGAGUAUAAUACUUGGAAGGAGGUCAUCACACUCCAGAUUAUGACCAACUGCCCUACCAUAAAGCCUCCUACCAAUAGAAGAAUCAAGACCAUAUCAACCCUGGACAAAUGGCUCAAUCGUAGUUAUCCCUUGAUUGGCUCGUCCCUUUCUGACCCUCCAAUUGCAUCUGCUCCGGUACCUAGUCAAAGUACACCAGUACCUCAGAAACCAGAUAGCCUGUCAUUGUCAAUCUCAAUCCCUCAGAGCACCAACAGCAACACUAUCAGAAACAUUCACUCCACUAACCAAGUCACUAACAGACGACCCAUGGUCAGAGAUAUCUGGCAAAGUCCCACCAAUUGUAUCACUGGAAAGUCCGGAACUACUUACACGCCACUUCAUCCUCCUCCUCGUCGCUGUAUGACAAUAAAAUCAACACAUGGCCGACACCGCCCACCUUCUGUAUGCCAAUAUAGUUCUCGUAUAUCUGCUUCUCUAACUUCUCCAACCUUUGGUUGUGCCCAGGUUAAAUAA